UUCUUUCAUACUCACUGCUCUCUCAGAGUUCCAUUCUGACUCGUCUGUGUCCGUCAAUGUGGUGAAUAUUUCUGCCUCUUGCUUUUUCUGUCACAUUCCAGCUUCUAGGGCACAGCGUCCUCCUAUCAUGGGUUAUAAAGAGAAGCACAGCUCCAGUAUGCAUCUGCACACGGCGUUAUGAACACCUUUUACCUCCAGUGACUUUUUUGAACUGUUUUGAAUAGGAAAAAAGACUCUCUAGGAGAAUUUACCUGUCCUUUUUCUUCCUUCCUUCUUUGAGUUUUUUUUCUACUUGAAUGCAAUCUAACUUACACAGAAGCUCACUUAUAAACAGUGGAAUAACAGUGUUUUACGGCUUCAGCUCAGAUGCGUGUGCAUGGACAAGAGAAAGGACAGAAUACAUCGGUGUGAGAUUGCAUAGAUGGAUCAACAUGUAUCAACACAAUCCAGACUCCUUUGUUUUAUAAAAAAAAAUAUUCAUCUUCUUGGGAUGAAAGUCACAAACAAGCCAAUAUGUCCUGGCAAUUUGGCAAUAAUUUACUGGUAAACUUUCCCUGAUGCCUAGAAGUGGUUUUACGAGGGGGAGACAGAAUCACAGAAUGUAAGGGUACCACACAAUAAGUGACCCAGAGAGCAUCUGUGGAAGAAAUGGUUACAACUUUCCUCAAUGAAAGGCAAGCCACUACUGAGGAGAUGGCUUUAGUAAGCAAUGCACUGGCUGCUUACUCCUUCAUAGCAGAUCACCCGGAACGGGCGGCACUGUAUUUUGUGUGUGGAGUGUGUUUGGGACUGGUUCUUACCCUCAUCGCGUUAGUGGUGCAGAUCUCCUGUCGAACCGACUGCAAAACGCAACAAGCGCCCAAGAAAACAGGCAAAACUGCGGAGAGCACCAGCGACACGAGUGACAGUGACUCGGACUGGGACAAUAGCUCCGACCUGUCGGCACGCCGCCACCGGCGCUUUGAACGGACGCUCGGUAACGUGUUCACCUCCGCGGAGGAGCUGGAGCGCGCACAGCGAUUAGAGGAACGUGAGCGGAUUAUCCGGGAGAUCUGGAUGAACGGACAGCCGGACAUGCCAGCCACACGCAGCCUCAACCGCUACUAUUAAAGUCUCUGAAAGCAAAGAGACGGAAGGUUUGAGGAAAUAUUAUACAAUAGCUAUUAAAAACUGGGAUACAGUAAGGGACUCAAAUAUGGGAGAAGCCAACACUUAAAACGUUUUGGAACAUCUCUUCUGGUGGCACCGGCAAUACUAGUGAAGCAUUUGAAGGUGCACUCAGUACAUUUUUUGUUAAUGUUGCGCUGACAGUCGUUUUGUACUUAUGCUGAUGACACCUAUACUGACACCUGGUGGUGUGGAUGAAAAAGCUAAGUUUUUAGUUAGGGGUAAAUAUUCAUGUAAAUUUAGACACUUUUUGCUAUUGCAAUGUUCUAAUCAAAAUGUCCUAAUAAACUGAUAACACAGUAGAAAUGCUUUAUUUGACAUGAUUAAUUUAUUACACAAGUGAGUAAGCAUCUUCAACAAACCCACACUUGAUAUUUAAAAUAAAUCAGUUCUUGUUAAGUGACUGAUUUGACUAUUGACUUCAUGAUUUUAAAUAUGUUUAGAACUGCUAUUCAUUUAUUUGUGUAGAACUUCAAUGAGAGGAAAUAACUGAGUGCACCUUUAAUGAAACUUGUUUUAAGGAAGAAUUCACUAACAUGUAAAACAGGUGGAGAAAAAAUUAUAUGCUUGAGCUUUGAAUAUGCUUGACUUGAAAUACUGUAUUUUUGAAUUAGAAUGAAUUUUGUCUGAAAUUAGGUCUGGCCACAUGGACAUUUGACAAUUCAGACACCUAUUUUUAUUGAGAUGUUACUCUUUAGUUGGCUAAUAUCUUUUUUAUUUAAGCAAAAUGUAUUUCUGUUACAAACACUUUUAUUAUACUAAAGCUUUCUUUUGGAGCUCAGGGUUUUCAUGACCUCUGUAAAGGAUUUCUCUUCAUUUGUCAUAUAUGGUUAACCAACAAAACAAAAUGAUGGUCUGUGCCUUCAUUUAAGAAAAUUUCACUGUAAAAAUGAAAAGAUACUAGAGGUAGAAAACCUUUAGAUGCUUUUUCUAAAACUGGUUCUGUCAGUGUGGUGAUCAGAGUAUCUUUUCAUUCUUACAGUGUAUGCCUUCUUCAAGCUAGUAAUAAUUAUGCACGAAAAGACAAUCACCUCUAUUUGUACUAGAUUUUUCACAGCGUAGAAUCAAUUUUCUACAUGGUGCUAUAGGUAAAAUCCAUCCGUACGUGAGCACAGUUCAGUCCAACUUUAUGGUCCAGAAAUGUUAGCUAUAUCAAAUAUGUUCCUAUUCUUUUUCACCCUUUGGUGUUCAACACAUGCAGCAUGUUAAUAAUGUAACCAAGAGGCUCACGUGGUGCUUCCACUGUCUCAUUCCAUUCUCAUUCAGUUUAAGUGUUUCAACAAUAUUUUAAUAACAUAUAAAUAUAUGGAUUAUUAGAAAAUGAAUUUGCAUUUGGUUGUCUUUUAACAUGGCUGUUUAGAACAUGUAUUAUGUAAUGUGCCAAAAGUUUGUCUGUGGAUAAAGUCACUACAUCUUUCCAUAAAAUAAAAACAAAGAUUUGUUGUU